AUGUCUAAGAAAAAAUCCAGCUUAGGUCGCCAAAAGAUCCCUAUUGAGAAAAUUCCAAAAAAGAGUCACUUGCAAGUUACAUUCUCUAAGAGGCGGUCAGGGCUAUUCAAGAAAGCAAGUGAACUUUGCACCCUUUGUGGGGUCGAGAUAACGAUCGUGGUUUUCUCUCCGGCGGAUAAGGCCUUUUCCUUUGGCCAUCCGGAGGUAGAAUCUAUCAUCGAUCGUUAUCUCGUCCUGAACCCUCCUCACGAGUCUAUAUCGAGUACUCAACAACUGGUUGAGGCGCAUAGAAACGCCAAUGUCCGGGAUCUCAAUAUGCAACUUACACAACUGCUUAACCAUUUGGAGAUGGAGAAGAAGCGUGGGGAGGAGCUUGAUCAUGUGAGGAAAGUGAGGCAGAGGCAGUUUUGGUGGGAAAGCUCUACUGAUGAUCUUGGUUUUCAUGAAUUGAUCCAACUAAAGGCCUCAAUUGAGGAGCUCAAGAAGAACUUGGCAAAACAUGUUAGCAAAAUCAUCAUGAUGGACCAAACCAACAUGGAUUCACGAAUUAUUGGGGUUAAUAGUAAUAAUGGAUUACUUAAUCGUUAUGAUCAUGCAUUUGAUAACAACAAAUCUGAUGCUGCUGCCUUCAAUGUUGCUCCUACACUGCCUCCUCCUAAUAACAAUGCCUAUUACAUGGGUUUUCGUCAUGGUUAUCUUUGA